UCCUGGUCGUCUCUCUCCACCACGCUUCUCUCUCCCUCUCGCCGGAGUCCGUACCCGGCGGCGUUUCCUCUCUGAAAGAAAUGACAACGCUUAGGGAAGAGAAGGGUGGGAAGAAGGAGACAAGUGUGAGUUCAAUCUUGAAGCUACAACAUCUUCAAAAGCUGGCAAAGUGUGCUGGUGUUCCUCCUCCUCUUGCUGCUUUAUUUGGUCACAAUCUUGCUUCUAAUGCUGAGGCUGCAGGUGUUCCUUUGGAUUCCUCUUGUUUUCUUUGCCAAAGGUGUGAGACCGUGUUACAACCUGGAUUUAACUGCACCAUCCGAAUUGAAAAGAAUGUGAAGAACAAGGGACGACAAAAGAAGUCUAUCCCUACAACCUCUAAGAACAGCAUGGUUUACACUUGCCACUUCUGUUCACACCGUAACAUUAAAUGGGGCACUCCAACAGGCCAUGUUGAAGGUCUGCUGGCAUCGAGACUGGGAUCCCAUUCACACUCGAAUGCUCGGAACAAGACAUCGAACCGGAAUCCACAUGAGAAAAUCUUAGAAGUUCUAGAUGCCAACUCAGAGCUUAAAUCUUUCACUCACAUUAAGGCUGCUGCAAACACUGAUAAUAUGCAUGUUGAUGUGAAAACUACGGAUGCCGUGCGGACAAUGGAGAAAACUACGGAUGCAGUGUGGACAAUGGAAAAAUCAUUGAGUGCAUUGAAGAAGAAAAGGAAAGCCAGUAAAUCCCAUCAGAGUGAGAUUCCUAUUCAAGGCAGCAGUUCAGAAAGAAUUGUUGAUUCAGGUAAAGGGGCCAGUGCAUCGAACAAACGGCGGAGGAAAUCCUGGUCUAGCCUAAGGGAGAAAGCCGAAAGUAAUGAACUUCAUAAAGUUAGAAAUCUUAGUAAUAUUGUCAUUCCGUUCCAUCUGUAAGCAGUUAAACACCAUAAAAGAUGCAAAUGUGAUUUUUUUUAAGAAUGUUUUAGCUGUUAAUUAAAUUCAUUGAGGGUUAAAAUUUUUUUAAGGGCAUUAAACUAUAAUCUAU